AUGGAGCCCUUCCUCAGGAGGCGGCUGGCCUUCCUGUCCUUCUUCUGGGACAAAAUCUGGCCGGCGGGCGGCGAGCCGGACCCCGAGGCCGACCCCACGCCCACGCCCGCGCCCCGCAGCCCCCCCGCGCCGCGCCCGCAGCUCUUCCGCGCGCUCUACGACUUCAGGGCGCGGCGCGGGGGGAAGCCGAGUGUCCGCCGCGGGGACGGGCUCUGCGCCCUCGGGGAGGAUGAGGGCGGCUGCUCCUUUGCGCGCAGGCUCUCGGGCCAGCCCAGCGCGGGGCUCGUGCCCAUCACCUGCGUUGCCGAAGCCUCUCCGGAGCCGCUCUCAGACCAACCCUGGUACUUCAGUGGGGUCAGCCGGACCCAGGCCCAGGAGCUGCUCCUCUCCCCACCCAACGAACCAGGGGCCUUCCUCGUCCGGCCCAGCGAGAGCAGCCUCGGGGGCUACUCACUGUCAGUCCGGGCCCAGGCCAGCGUCUGCCACUACCGGGUCUCCAUGGCAGCUGACGGCAGCCUCUAUCUGCAGAAGGGCCGGCUCUUCCCCAGCUUGGAGGAGCUGCUCACCUACUAUAAGGCCAACUGGAAGCUGAUCCAGAACCCGCUGUUGCGGCCCUGCCUGCCCCAGAACCCCGUGCAGCAGGAUGCGUGGGAGCGGCCACACUCUGAAUUUGCCCUUCGGAGGAAGCUGGGUGAAGGCUACUUUGGGGAGGUGUGGGAAGGCCUGUGGCUGGGCUCCCUGCCCGUGGCGGUCAAGGUCAUCAAGUCAGCCGACAUGAAGCUCACGGACCUCGCCAAGGAGAUCCAGACGCUCAAGGGUCUGAAGCACGAGCGGCUCAUCCGGCUGCACGCGGUGUGCUCUGCCGGGGAGCCAGUGUACAUUGUCACGGAGCUCAUGCGCAAGGGAAACCUGCAGGCCUACCUGGGCAGCCCUGAAGGCCGGGCCCUGCGUCUGCCGCCCCUGCUGGGCUUUGCCUGCCAGGUGGCCGAGGGCAUGAGCUACCUGGAGGAGCGACGCAUUGUGCACCGGGACCUGGCCGCCAGGAACGUGCUCGUGGAUGAUGGCCUGGCCUGCAAGGUGGCCGACUUUGGCCUGGCCCGGCUGCUCAAGGAUGACAUCUACUCCCCGAGCAGCGGCUCCAAGAUCCCGGUCAAGUGGACAGCGCCAGAGGCGGCCAAUUAUCGUGUCUUCUCCCAGAAGUCGGAUGUCUGGUCCUUCGGGGUCCUGCUGUACGAGGUUUUCACCUACGGCCAGUGUCCCUACGAAGGGAUGACCAACCACGAGACACUGCAGCAGAUCACCAGAGGGUACCGGCUGCCGCGCCCGGCCACCUGCCCGGCGGAGGUCUAUGUGCUCAUGCUGGAGUGCUGGAGGGGCAGCCCCGAGGAGCGGCCCACCUUUGCCAUGCUGCGGGAGAAGCUGCACGCCAUCCACGGAGGCUUCUCCCGAGUCCUCACGUGACCCAGUGCUCUGGGCUCCAGCCAGGCCGUCCCCUUCUCCCCGCAGAGCGUCAAUGCAGGCCUACUGCAGGCCAGCCAGACCGAGGAGCCUCUGGCUGUGGGCCUCAGGCACUGGUGGGCACACAUGUUUGUGCACCAGGCGAACAUGAGCAGACAGUGGAGGGGCCAUGUUGUCUGUGCGGUAUGACCGUGUCCCUGGCAUAGAGUGGAGGGCUGACCUUCUCUGUGUGACCGUGU